AUCUACAGAAGCAGUUUAUUCAAGUAUCACCCAGAGUGCCAGGAGGAACAGGAAUGUCUCAGUGAUUUCCCCACCCUUUUUAGUGUUCAUUUCACAGACUUGAAUCUGAGUCCUAGUAUUCAGGAACUGGAAAUAAAAUUUCUCAGGUUGAAUAUUCUUUUUAGAAGAACUUGACAAACUUACAAGGAAAGUGCACUCUGUGAAGACAUGAGCAAAUAUAUGUUCCUCUUCCUCCUGACUUUGUGCUCAGCUAAACCUUUCAUAAACCCUUCCUAUUUCACGUUAAAGAAUAUGAUGCUCAUGGAUAUGGAAGAAAUGGAUGAUGAUGACGAUGAUGAUGAUGAUGAUGACAAGGAUGAUGAUAAUUCUCUUUUUCCAACUUUUGGCAUAUUUCCUGUGUGUCCUUUUGGAUGUCAGUGCUAUUCAAGAGUUGUCCACUGUUCUGAUUUGGGCUUGACCUCAAUACCAAGAAAUAUUCCUCCUGAUACUCGCAUGUUAGACCUUCAAAAUAACAAAAUUAAAGAGGUCAAGGAAAAUGACCUUAGAGGACUCACAUCGCUUUACGCGCUUGCCUUGAACAACAACAAAAUAACCAAGAUACAUCCCAAAGCUUUUCAAUCUACAAAGAAACUGCGACGUCUCUACUUGUCCCACAAUCAGUUAACUGAGAUCCCUUCAAACCUGCCAAAAGUCUUGGCAGAGUUGAGAAUUCAUGAUAAUAAGGUUAAAAAGGUACACAAAGAAGCUUUUAAAGGAAUGAAGGAUUUGCAUGUUUUAGAAAUGAGUGCAAAUCCUCUUGAUAAUGAUGGAAUAGAACCUGGAGCAUUUGAAGGGGUGACAGUUUAUCACAUAAGAAUAGCAGAAGCUAAAUUGACCUCUGUUCCUAAAGGAUUACCAUCCAGUCUACUAGAGCUUCAUCUAGAUGACAACAAGAUUUCUGCAGUAGAACUUGAGGAUUUUAUUCGGUAUAAAAAUCUUCAAAGGUUGGGGCUGGGAAACAACAGGAUCAAGGAUGUAGAAAAUGGAACUUUUGCAAGAAUACCAAGUAUACGAGAAAUACAUCUAGAAAAGAACAAAUUGAAGAGAGUCCCUACUGGCCUUCCAGAUUUGAAGUAUCUACAGGUUAUCUUCCUUCAUUCUAACAGUAUUUCGAAAGUGGGAGUGAAUGAUUUUUGUCCAACAGGAGGAAGGUUGAAGAAGACAUUGUACAGUGGCAUUAGCCUAUUCAACAAUCCUGUUAAAUACUGGGAUGUCCAGCCUGGAACAUUUCGCUGUAUAUUAAACAGAAACAGUGUGCAGAUUGGAAAUUUUGGAAAAUAAGACUACAGUCAAUGCAUCUGUUAGAUAAAAAUAUCAAAACCAGCAUCGUAGUACUUGAAAAUUGUUGGGCAGCUUUAUACUGUCCAGUUACCUUAAAAUACCGACAAUUAUUUCAGAGGUUGUAAAUUAGUAACAUAAUAUACCAUAAAUGCCUUUUGAUUUAUUCAUUUACAUUCACCACUUGUGUAAAAUAAGCAAACUUUUGGUAUAACGUAAGAACAUUCCUGAAUGCUUUGCUGAAGUCUAUUGGGUUGGGUCUAAUGACGUCACUCUCCUUCUUGAGCCCCUGUAGAUGCUUUUCGCUGCUGCAGAGUGCACUUUCUCUGCCACUAGCACUUCUGCAUACAUAAGAUCAUUUUUUAAAGGAGUCCUUAUGCACACAGAAGUGCUAGCUGCAGAGGAAGUGAGCACCACAGCAGAGGAAAGCCUCUGCAGAGGGCAAAGAGAAGCAUAAGGGAAAUGAUGUCAUAGGAUCCAAGCCAUUGUUUCCUAUUACAGUCCAAGCUAUCUAUGUAAUAUAGACUGUUUUUUCCUUAGGAGAAAAUAAUACAAAGACAUAAAACAACUUUUCCCAUUAAACUAGUUAUUUCAGUAUUGCAGAGGUUGUGUGUAUAAAGUAUAUAUCAGAUAUCAAGUAAAAGUUGUGAACUUUUAAGUUAAGUAAAUUAUACUGGCUAAGAAAAAAACUGAUGUACUGUAUGUAACUGAUACUCUAAUCAGACUAGACAAUAUUUAAUCAUUGUAGUUUACUGAAAGGCAAGAUUGAAACUACAUUUAGCAGCCUCAAAGCUUUUAGUAUUUAUUCAUGUAGUUUUCCCCUACAACUGUAAGCUACCUUCUGUAACAUGUAUGUAUGAUGACUAUUAAAAAUAUAGAUAUUGUAUAAUUUUUUUUUCCUUCUUAGAAAGAAUGAUUAAAUUCUCUGCAGGCCAGUACAACACAACUAUUUUAUUAUACACUGUAAACAUAAAUGCUCCUCGUAUUGGGGGGGUUUGUGUACAGUCCAAAUACGUGCACUCACAGGGGCAUAGCAGUCUAUUGUGAAGGAAAAACUAUGAAAGCAGAAAUUUCAAAAGUAUACACUACUCUCAUUGCUCUUGAAGGACAAAGUGGAAACAUGUGUGCACAUUGGAGCUACUUUAUUGUAGCCAUCAUAUACUGCCCUUGUAUAGAAAUUUCUUAUUUUUGCUUGAGUACUGUAAUAUUGCUGAAUUCAUUCUGCAUGUAAUGCAAAUUGUAUUUGGCCAUGGCUAAAUAAACUGAUCAGUUAUCCAUUAUUUACUUAACUAAUGACCGUACUGUACAACAGUGGCUACUUUACCUAUAUAUUUAGAAUGUAUGUGUUAUUCAUGUUAACUAUGUUAAACUGAUUUAAAAACUAUAAUUUGUUUUUUUAUAAAUGCUAUACUGAAAUCAUGUAAUAUUAUCAAACCAUGGCCUAUGUUCAUCCUACAGCUCCCUUCUGCAAAAUGAAGGUUCUUCUCCUCCAGAGCAAGAUACCUCAUAGCAAGACUACUAACUUAACGGAAGACAGUUGUAGGAUUCUCCACCCCACCCCCCAAUAUACAACAAGCACGUUAUAUAUAUUAUAAAUGUUGUACCUGAUCCUUAGCCACUUUCACUAGAGGUUCAUUUCAAGUGUGAAUGAUUUAGAUUGCAGCAUAUAAUUAAUUUUUCCCAAAUUGUACUUAAUUGAAUGGUGAGUGUAAAUAAAUCUGGAUAUUGUGUACAUUCACCAUGCAUUACUGAAAUAUCCACAUAUUAGGAGUAGGAUCAUGUAUAUUAUCCGUCAAUAUGUAUAACCUCCAAGCCAUGCUGGAUUACCAUAUGUACUGUAUGACCGACCAGUAAAAAUGCAUUGUCUUGAAGUACUGGACAUGCACAAUGACUAGACAAUAUGUGAAAUAUAGAUGAUUAAAUUAUCUACAUA